AUGCAACUGUACAAAGGAAAGAGGAAAGCCAUGGAGGCCAUUGAGGGUAAUCAUGCAAAGGCUUACACCAAACUUCCAAUGUAUGCUGCCGAAGUGUUGAGGACCAAUCCUGGUAGUUUGGUCAAAAUUGAAAGGGAAAGAAAGCCAACAUCUAAGCCAAACUUACCUCCUCCCUUACCAACAUUCAAAAGAAUUUUUCUUUCAUUUGCAGCCAUACAACAUGGCUUUAAAGAAGGUUGCAGGCCUUUCAUAGCUGUGGAUGGGUGUCAUUUGAAGGGACCAUUUGGGGGCAUAUUGUUAGCUGCAGUUGGCCUUGAUGGAAAUAAUGGUCUUUAUCUUAUUGCAAUUACUGUGGUGGAGAGUGAAUGUAAGGAUAGUUGGGCCUUUUUCCUUUACCACUUGAACACCAUUUUUGGUAAUGGCCCCCAAAACAUGCCAUUAACAGUCAUGUCUAAUGGUCAUAAGGGCAUUGAGCCAGCCAUGAGACAAGUAAUACCCCAUGCAACUCAUAGGAGGUGUUGUAGACAUAUUUUCAGCAACUUGAAAGGCAAAUUCCCUAGUUUAAAGAUGAAAAGAGCCUUUUGGGCUGCAGCUAAAGCUUACACUAUCAAGGAUUUUAACAUUGCAAUGGAACAGAUAUUGGAGUUAUCUUCUGAAGCACAUUGCUGGCUUUCUAAAUUUCCAGUUGAAAUAUGGCCAAGACAUACAUUUGAUCAUAGGGUGAAGAGUGAACAUGUUACUAGCAACAUGGUGGAGUCAUUUAAUAAUUGGAUUAGUAAUGUUAUGGGUAAACCUAUCUUGUCAUUGUCGGAAAAUACCAAAUUGAAACUGAUGAACAAGUUACAUAAGAGACAAGAGGAGUAUCAAGUGGUUGAAGGUGUGGUGUCUUAUAUUUUGAACCUACAAAGAAGGUCAUAUGUUUGCAGGAUAUGGGACAUAAGUGGAGUCCCUUGCAGGCAUGCAACAACUUGCAUUACUCAUAAGAGGAUGAACUCGGAGACCUAUUGUGACACAAUGUACUACAAACACAUUUAUUUUAAGGCAUAUGGGGAAAUUAUUCAUCUAAUGCACAAUGAGAGUUUAUGGGGUCCAGUUCUUGGAGAUGAGUUGAAGCCUCCACCUCUUAAGAGGAUGUCUGGAAGACCUAGAAAAAGUAGGAGAAGAGAAGUUGAUGAGGCUGCACCAUCAAAAAGAUCAUACACUGUGAGCUGCAUCAUUUGUAAGGGAUUGGGCACAAUAGGAGGACAUGCCAGAGGGCACCUAUUAGGGGUAGGGAAAUGGGCACAAAUGAGUCUGCUCAGAGAGGAAUUGGUACUGUUGUUGAAAGGAGCACUAUUGGAAGGUCCACAGCUACUGAGAGGAGCACUGUUGAAAUAA